UGAGAAGGUGUGUGUGCACCCGAUGGUUAAGGCAGCUGUGUAUAACUGGAUUGAUGGACAAAGGCAGUUGUUCGUGGCAGUAGCCCAGCACUUUGUUGAGCGGAUAACUUUGCAUUGAUAAGAAACAGGAUGAUUUUAUAGAAUACAUGUGUACUGUAGCAGUGAUAAAAAAGUUCAUAUCCAACACUUUGGAGUCAUAUACUCGCUGAUGUGAGUCUUUGUUGUUAUUUUCACUAUGCCAGCCCGGGAGAACGUUUCUGGUCAAAGUGUGUGUAUGAUGGAGGCAAAUGACAGCAUGCGAUUUACAAACAGCCAGCCCAUCAUUCACUACCACAGGCAUAACUUGAAGAACCGUUUCGAACUCAUCAAGACAUUAGGAGAGGGGACAUAUGGCAAGGUUAAGCUUGCAGUUGAGGUGGCAACAGGAGAGAAGGUGGCCAUCAAGUACAUUAGGAAGAAUAAAAUUCAGGAUGAUCAAGAUCUGAACCGCAUACGCCGUGAAAUCAAAGUGAUGACCAAAUUGAAGCAUCCUCAUAUCAUCAAUGUUAGAGAAGUUUUUGAGAACAAAGAGAAGAUUGUCAUGGUGAUGGAUUAUGCUAGUGGUGGAGAGCUGUACGACUACAUUAAAUCCAGAAGGAGGCUGAAUGACAUGGAUGCAAGAAAAAUAUUUCGACAAAUUGUUUCUGCUGUCCACUACUGCCAUGAGAAUGGUGUGGUCCAUCGGGAUUUAAAACUGGAAAAUAUUGUGAUGGAUGGCUAUGGGAGUGUGAGGAUUGCUGAUUUUGGCUUGUCUAAUUUCUAUGGGGGAAAUGAUCUCUUGACAACUUACUGUGGAAGUCCCCUGUACGCUUCACCGGAGAUUGUAAAUGGAGUGCCUUACAUUGGGCCUGAGGUGGACUGCUGGAGUCUUGGGGUCCUGCUCUAUACUUUAGUCUAUGGUGCUAUGCCAUUUGACGGGUCUGAUUUUAAGACACUCAAGAAACAGAUCUCAGCUGCUGAUUACUAUGUGCCCCUUUGUCACUCUGAAGCGGCAAGUCUGAUAACUAAAAUCCUUAAGCCCAACCCUGAAGAGAGAGCUACCCUAGAGAAGAUUGACAACCAUUGGUGGGUGAACAGAGGGUACUCCUCAACUCCCUCUGGGUCUCCGUAUCCUUCCGCAGCUUACCUGUCAUCAACCCCACAAUUCUCCUUUCUCAGCUUUCUGGCUGGAGGCAAUAUUGGUACCAAUGAUAUUCCAUACAAUUCAAAGUACUCUGUCCCUAUUGCAGACAGCACUGACCAUAGAUUCGAUGCCUCCUUUGAGAAAGGAGAUGCAGCCUGUAAACUCUCUGAUCUCAAUGAUUCCGUCCAUGAGUCUUCCAAAGGUGCAAGAAAAAAACAUUAUAAAUCUCAUUGCGAUGUUGGAGGCUCGGAGACAGGCUCUGAUACUCUCUCCAACCACUCCAGUGAAGAAACAAAAUUUUUGUUUGAUGUAGACAAAAAACCACCUCGUGGUAUACUCAAGAAGAGAGGAAAAUACAGUGGAAGUGACAGCAGCUGUGGACUGGAGGAAUCGACGGCCACCAGUCCAGGCCAUGUCUCGCCUGUAAGCUCUGACCUGAGCUAUGAACUCGCUGAUAUAUCAUCUGUUUCAGAGGAAGAUACCAGAAACACAUCUCAAGUCCCAAAAUACAGAAAUGACCAAAACACCCUAUUGAGUGAAUCUUUAGCUCUCCAGUAUUCUACUGAUGUCCAAACCAAAGACUCUCUAGAUAACUACCAAGGAUUUGAUCGGUUAGGUAACCGUGCAGCCAAAGAAAGUACCUCCAGUGAGGACAACUCUGAGGACACUCCUAGAAAUAUGUCUUCCCCUUGUACUUUGUCAACUGAGGACAUCAGUAAAGUUCCGGUCCGGCGAGGGAUCCUGAAAAGACCAAAGAGAUCAAACACUGACGACCAAAAGAACAGAAACAGCAUGGGAAGCCAAGGAUCCAAUUCAUCUGGUGAUCUUCUGGACUUCUCCUAUGACAGCACAGAGGGAGAAAAUCUCAUGUCAAAAUUCUGUGUUUCCACAAAGCCUGCAAGUAAACCAUCAUCAGAUACAUCCAUGGAUUCAGAAGAGGAUAGUAUUUCCAGCCGAACAAGAUUCCAUAGCAUGUCUGUCUCUGAGGAAGACCUCUCUUUCAAGGAUUGUGUCUUUGAAGAUCUUGACCUUGAAGAAGCCAGAGACAUUUGUAGGAAAGCCUUGGAAAUCUGUUCUAUAAAAGGUGUAUGAAAAAGUCACUGUAAUAUGCACUGUACACACAAUGGUUGAUCAAAAAAGGGAAAAUCCCUUGUGAAACUUACAUAGUAAUUUACAAAAGAUCAAUCCACUGGUCCGUCUUCACAUUCCCAUCAUUUUUGUUGUAUUUAUUGAUUGUGCCAUUGCUGUUGAAAGUCCAAUAUUUGAAUGAUUGGAUUACUUUUGUUCUCUUUCUCUGUACAUUGUCCCUCAAACCGAUGGCUUUCAGUGGAAAUGUACUGAACUUGUGAACCAAAAUAGGGAACAGCAAAACUAGUGCUGGAGUUGUGAGAUACGAAAAUUGCUGAUUAAUUUGCUUUGUGAAAGUUUUGUGCAACCAUAUUGUGUCUGAAACAUAUAGCCUGAUGUGCUGUACAUUAGCCAAGGGUGUUAAAUCCACAUUCCAUAUUGUCAUCUUUUUUGUGUGAACUUGAACUAGGUACUUUUUUGGAAGGAUACCUUUAACUCUUCGCAAAGAUUGUAGCUGUUGCUCAAUGUGUAUGAUCUCAUUUCAUCCUAUUUUGUGUCCAAAAAAAGUUGCUUUGAAUUGUCUUAAAAACUUUCUCAUUUGGUGGCUAUUGUUAAUUUUGAUCUUAAUUUAAUUGCAUUGUAUGUAAACUAUACCUGUUAAUGUCCUUUGAUCUUGACCUGUUAAACGCAAACUGUUGUUAAGACAGUCUUAAUAUUUUGGUCACACUAUCUUGUAAUGGAUUAAUAUGAUUUUGUGGACAUAACAUGCAAGAUUUGAAUUGUGACCCUGUCCAUAAAUGUGUCAUCAGUGCUUUAGCAAUAUUCACUCGUUGCAUUUAUAUUUUCACCCUGUUUAAGUGUUGAAUUGUUUCCAUGGUGAUACAUGCUUUAUGUGCUUGUUAAAUUAAAACUGUCUCUGCUCUGUGAACCCUCUGAAUAUUUGGCUGACUAAAUGUUUACCUUUCACCAGGUCAUGGAUUUUGACCAAAACUUUCUGUGAUUCAGUGAUCAAUGAUUUGAGUAUUAUCAUGAACAAAGAUUAUACAUCAUUUGAUUUGUCUAUGUAUGCAUUAAAACCAUGUCAUUGCCUUAUAAUCCAGCGGUAUGCAUUAUAAUGAAACAACUAUGCAUUGCAAAGUCAUGCCAUCCAAGAAGAGGGAAAGUCCAAAAAUUGUAUACAGUGUGCUCACUCAUGUUAUUGACACUAUACAAGCAAUCGUUUGAGUUGAGUUUAAUUUAUUACAUGCCAUGUCUCGAUCCAAAUUUUGUC